AUGGCUGAAAAUAAGGGCGGAGUUAGCGGUUCCUCAGAGAGUUCCGCGUCUCCAGAACCGUCAGAACACCGGGAUGGAGGUACCGGCUCAGGAACAGAACCCGGUCCUUCAGAGAGACCCGUGUCACCGACACCCUCGGAGCACGGCGGCAGGCGGAGUUCCGGGUCUGACGGAGCGACCCGUGACCUGAGGAGCGUCCUGGUGACCAGCGUCCUGAACCUGGAGCAGCUGGACUCCGACCUCUACAGGGGGACACACCACUGGGUGCCGCGCUCUCGCCGUUUGUUCGGGGGUCAAAUCGUGGGCCAGGCGCUUGUGGCUGCCGCCAAAUCAGUCAGUGAAAACCUCUACGCCCACUCUCUCCACUGCUACUUUGUACGAGCAGGGGACCCCAAGGUUCCAGUGCUGUACCAGGUUGAGCGUACAAGAGAUGGUCAGAGUUUCUCCGUGCGUUCUGUGAAGGCCAUCCAGCACGGUCAGUCCAUCCUAACCUGCCAAGCCUCGUUCCACAAGCAGCAGCCGAGCCCCGUGCAGCACCAGUUCACCAUGCCUGUGGUCCCGCCACCAGAAAAUCUCCUUACUGUGGAGGAGCUCGCUCAGUUCUUCCUCAGUCAGCCCGGCCUGGCAGAGAAAGCACGACGAGGUCUGAACAAGCUGCUGGCCAACGAGGUUCCCAUUGAGUUCAAGCCCGUCAACCCUCCCGAUGGUUACAGGCGUGUCGCCAUGGAGCCCAAGCAGCUGUACUGGGUGCGAGCACGAGGAUAUAUCGGUGAAGGAAACAUGAAGUUGCAUUGCUGUGUUGCUGCCUACGUAUCGGACUACUCGUUUCUGACCACGGCGCUGCUGCCAUAUCCUGAGUACAGAGCCCAGUUUGUGGCCUCAUUGGACCACGCCAUGUGGUUCCACAGCACGUUCCGCUCCGACGACUGGAUGUUGUACGAGUGUGAGAGUCCGUGGGCAGGUGGCAGUCGCGGUCUGGUUCACGGACGUCUGUGGAGAAGAGAUGGAGUUCUGGCAGCAUCAUGUUCUCAGGAAGGCGUCAUCAGGGUGGAAGGCGUCAAGGAGCUCAGCAAACUGUAGUUACAUUUUCUCACAAAGAAAAGCAGCUUGGAAUCUGAUGUCAUAAAGCUGUUACCCUGCUGGUUUUUCACAAAAUUGACAAUAUUUACUUUGGGUUGAAGUCUAGUUAUAAAAUAACUUUAUCUCUGCAGUAUUUUCCAAAGUUACAGCAGAUUUUAUUGCUUGUAAAGUAUUUAUUGUGGGGGCAAAAGUAGCCAGUUUGUUGUGAGAUUUUACAGACAACAUGGAGAUGGAACCUGAACCACUGCACGUGCAAGGUUCAGAGUUCACACUGCAUUCAGGAGAAACUGUGUGUGUCAUCAUAAUGAACAUCAGCACUGAUAACUGACGCCGUAUCACCAGUUACACAGCUGCAUGAUGAAGCGGUACAGAGGAGGAUUUUCUUAAUAGUCCUGAAAGUUGAGCUACAAUUUGCCAGAAGGUACAUCUGAGAUGCAGAUCUAGAUUUGAUCCGUUUUGGUGAAAGAAGAUCCGUCUCAGCUCUACUCCACUAUGAAGCCAAGAGGAGUGAUGCAAAAAAAAAUUUCCACAUAAGCCACAUAACUUCUUCUGGGUUGUCUGGGUGUCUUGGUGGCUUU